AUGCUCAAAACUGCCUCGAUUUUACUCUUCGCAUUUCAAAUUAGCCAAGUGGUUUGUUUCACUUGCCCUACUGCCCCCAUCGCUGCAACAACACUUGGAGGUAACCUACCAGUUGGAGCUACUAACAUCACUCUUGUUCCAAGCGGAACCAAUUGCAUAUUUACGUUUGAUAUUCCAAACAAUUAUGCUUUGCUCUUGAAAUUUUCCGUCGAUUUUCAAUCGAAUGACGACACUGUUCAACUCGUUGACAACAGAAAAGUCACCAGAAAUCUUACACAUACUGGAAGUAUUCUGUAUGAUGCUCCAAUUUGGGUUUCUCCAAGAUCUUCUCAAGUAAUUGUGAGAGGAGUGUCUGGAAACACUCGGUUCAUGCUCAGUUAUAUGUUCCAAGCUGUGAAUGAUUACAAACAAGUAAAGAAAAGAACUGGUGAACAUUUUGCAUUGAAUGACAUCGACAGUAAAACAUAUUACACCAUAACGGCUUCUUCAGACACAGAGAAAGUUGUGGUAAAUCAUGCACUUAGAGCAGGAACUGCUGAAGAUACAAAGCUUCAAGAUUACUUCGUUUACGAUGGAGAUAAUAUCAACACUGCAAAUAUGAUUGGAACUCUUGCUGAUUUUGGAUCUAAAAUUAUUCCAUCCACCAGUAAUUCUAUAACUAUUGUUAACUUUUAUGGCACAAGAUCACCUUCAUAUGCUCUCGGAAAUGAUGCAUCCACUUUGAAUGGGUUCAGCAGCUAUACUGUAUCUGUAACGAGUCUGGGAUCAUCGAUAAAUGAUAAAUUCAGAGAUCUCUCUGACAAUGGAGGUCUCUACACGAUAAUUUGCAGUGACUGUUCAAUCUUUUAUUGGACGAAAAUAGAUUUUGACAGUUUUGGUACUUUUAAUACCGGCUAUAUCACUUUCCAAGGACAAACACCAACUCACAAUCGAGAGAAAUUGAUUAAAUACGAUUCGAUGACAUUCAUGGAUAAUCAGCUACCUCAAAUGCUACCUACUAAUAUCGUAACUGUCAAAGUUUAUCUGUCAACAAUUGCCUACAAUCUCAACACAAUUAAUGACGAUACAGUAUGGAAGAAACCGUAUGACGGCAGAAAAGGACUCAUUUUCUCACCAAGUCUGUGGUCUUCUGCAGCCAACAAUUUCAAUUAUGAGUUCCGUGAUGACUCUCAUCUCUACAAUUUCACAUUGAACAUGAACAAGAUGUCUUUCCCCACAAGUAAUGAUCAAAUGACAUUGAAAAUUGGAUCAGGAACUGGAACUCCUGCAGUUAAUAAUCAGUAUCCCCAUGAUAAAUCAUCAAACGGAAUAGUGAUGUCCAACGGAAACUAUAUGCAAGUAGGAUUGGCUGCCUCAGUUGGAGCUGAUGUUCGUCUAUCAUUUGAGAUGCGGAAAGUGAAUUCAUCAAACCUGAUUGGAACCCUGACAUCAAUUGUUCUCGUUGUGAUUUAUAUUUUCUGA